AUGAGCAGAGGAAACGAGUUGGGCAGUGAAAGUGCUUUGCCUGGGCCUUAUUGGGCAGCCCUGAACGAUGAUUGGGAAUCUCUGAAGGACUUCUACAUGACAAAUGUUAAUUCGCUAUCACUUCCUGUAACGGCCUCAAAGGACAAUGGCUUUCACUUGGCAGUGUUCAGCAAAAGCAAAGAACCGCUUCAAUCUUUACUUGGAAUUUCCAAAGAACAUUCUAUGGUAAGGUAUGGCUAUUUAGAAAAAAAUAGCUACGGGAACACGCCUCUUCAUGAGGCUGCAUUAAAUGGGAACCUGGAGGCUGUAGAGGCUUUGGUCACUCAUCAUCGCAGGCUCAUCGCGGAAGAUAUUGAAGAUUCAACUGAGGAAGAGCUCCAAGAGGCUGUGAAUGGGGAUGGCGAAACCCCGCUUUUUCUUGCUGCUGCAUUUGGGAGAAAAAAAGUGGUGAAGUUUUUAGCUGAAAAAUCAUUAAAAGAAGAAUAUUCUAAGCUUAAAAAUAUUCACCGCCAAAACAUACGCUCCAUCAAGGUAAAGCCCAAACCUAAAGCCUCCAAUGAGCUGCCUGGUGCCAUCCAGGGUGAAAUAACAUCAGAGCCAGAGCCUGGUGCCAUCAAAGAAGAAACAUUCAUACAAAAGCCUAAUGCCUCCAUUCUGGACGUUGCCAUCAUAGGCCACCAUUUUGACUCGGCUCUAUAUUUACUGAAUCUGGAUGAAUCGUUAGCAGCACUCAAAAGCCCAGAUGGCCGGACCUCUCUUCACCUACUAGCAGCCAUGCCUUCAGCUUUCGAAAGUGGAUAUCAAUGGGGCACAUGGAUCCACAGAGUCAUAUAUUCCUGCCUUCCAAUCGGUGAUGAUGAUGAAAAAGCUACUACAAAAAUUUCCAAAGGGUGGCUUAAAUUACUGGGCAAAAUCUGUGCACUAGUAAGGAGUGACAUCUUGGAAGAAAAGAGAAAGCAUAAACUUGCUUUCAAACUAGCGGAGACACUGAUAACAAAAGAUUCUUCUUGGGAUGAUCCGUUUGAUAAAGACCACUCUUCAAAAGGAGAUUAUAAGCCAAUCCCGUUAUUGCAGGCGACUGAAAAAGGAAUAGUAGAAAUUGUGAACAAGAUACUAGAAAUACGUCCCCAGCUGGUUGAGCAUUGCAAUGCUCAUGAUCAGAACAUACUGCAUGUGGCAAUUAAGCACCGUCGACUUGAGAUCUUCAAUCAUGUGAAAAAUAUGAAAAAGCCAAUGACAAGGUUAGUCGGAAAGGUUGACACAAAUGCCAACACCAUUUUACACCAUGCUGCAGACAUGGAGCCAGAGACUGCAGAGCGUCACCCAGAAGGACCUGUAUACCAACUCCAGGAAGAGUUGAAGUGGUACAAACGUGUAGAGGAGAUCGCGCCCCCCCACUACGUCAUGUUUUGCAAAGAGAGAUUCAAUUCGGAGCACAAUAAACUACUCGGGGAAGCACAGAUAUGGAUAAAAGAAACUUCUGAGUCUUGCUCUGUAGUGGCUGUUCUCGUUGCUACAGUGGUCUUUGCAGCUGCGUACACUGUGCCUGGAGGUUCUAAUGAACAGGGGCAUCCAGUUUUCCUCAACAGCGCUCUCUUCUUGCUUUUCACAGUCAUGGACGUUCUUGGUUUGGCCUGCUCCUUAGCCUCCGUUGUAAUGUUCUUGUCCAUCCUCGUAUCGCCUUAUACGUAUGAAGAAUUCCACCACAAACUCCCCGGCAAACUCAGAAUAGGCUUCACCUUGCUCUUCAUUUCAUUGACUACAACAAUGAUUUCAUUCGCAGCAACAAUAUUGCUCAUAAUUCGUUCGGAAAAGCCCAAUCGGACCACCACUCUCAUUUAUACUGCUGCAUUUCUUCCUGUCAGCAUAUUUGCACUCAUGAGUUUUCCCAUGUAUCCUGAAUUUGAGAAAACUUUGCUCCUGUUGUAUCUUAGAUUGUCUAAGAAUUGGCGUGUCACAAAGUCUCCACCGCCCAAGAAGUCAGCUUCCAGACAGGGCAGACCAAGCAGCUCCUAAACAAACCGAAUCGCACACAAAGCAGCUUAAGAACGAUGGUCAAUUGUCUGAGGAGAGUGUUAACGAUAAUAAGCCGAAGCUCCCAGUCUGAGAUUUAUAUUAGUUGAGGCUGAUAACUGUACAAGAUAUUACAAACUAG